ACUCUGUGCAGCAGGACAUAUAAAAUGGACCCUAACAUCUCAUCUCAGAAUAAAGAGACCAUUUGCUCUGAGAUUUUUAAGGAUCCUGUUAAGCUGAAAUGCAGUCACAUGAGCCGUGAAUCCUGUCUGAUGCAACAUGGUGAACAGAAGCUGGAGUGUCAGGAGUGUCUCUCAUAUGAAGAAGGUUCUGUGGCUCAAGUUUUGUUAGACCAGGCUUCAAAAGGUGAAAAUAAUGAUAUAUCUAUGGCGCAGAGUGAACCUUUCUGCAGUACUCAUGGAGAGACGCAUCUUCUCUUUUGCAAGGAUGAUGAGAAGCUCAUUUGUACUGAAUGUUCAGACAAACACAGAUAUCAGCAGACCUGUUCGGUGGGAGAAGCUGCUCAGCAGAUGAAGGAACAUCUGGAGAAAACUGUUAAGCCAAUAAAAACAUCUAUGCAAGAAAAGGCAAACCAGGAAUACAAGGAAAUAGCUGAAAGAAUGAAGAUUCAAGCCCAGGACACAGAGCAGGAGAUUAAAGAGGAGUUUAAGAAAAUCCAAAAUUUCUUAGAGGAGGCCAAACUAAGAGCCCUGAAGGAGGCGAAGAAGGACAUUACUGAGAAGAUGAAGGAAAAUAUUAAGAACAUCUCAAAAGACAUUUCCAUGAUGUCAAAAGAAAUAGAAGAUACAGAAAAGGAACUGGAUGGACACGAUAUUGCUUUCUUAAAGAACUUUAAGACAAUCAAGGAAAGAGUUCAGAGCAAACUGCAGGAUCCAGAGCGUUUUUCGGGGAGGUUCACAGUUGUGAGCAACCAUAUCGCUGAAGUGAAGUCUCUGUCAUCCAGAGUCCAACAGAUUAUCAUGCAAGACAUUAAUCCCGAUCACAUGGAAAAGACUGGAGACCAGACUGGGGGCUCGGACUUAACCGCAGGAAAAUCCAGCGUGCAGAUGGAUUCCGUAAACAAGCAAACAAUGAAUACCAAACAAUUAAAAAUUAAAAUCCAUGUAGUGGUCAGUGGUGAAACCCUGAAGUCUCACCAGACAUUCAUGGCAAGGUUGGACAUGUCCCUAAAGGAGUGUAACCUGGAGGACUGUAGAGUGGUCAUGAUCUUCUGCUCCAUCUUCCAGCUGGAGGCUGAUAUUAAGAAGGCUGUGAGAAACAUUCCUGAUGACAAACCUAUCAUUCUGGUGCUCAUGCACCACAGUUACAGCCCUGACCACGUUGAUGACAUUCCGAUCACAGCACCCAGGAGCAAUGUGGUGAAAGUGGUCCAGUGUGUUUUCCAUGAGACAGUUGGACUUCUGGAGUGUGAAUUAAACCAGCAAGCAGUGAGAGCAGUGGGAUCUGAACUGAAAAUGUACUGUUGAAACACUGUACAGGUGGAACAUGUGGGAUGUAUUAACACAGCCUGGUCAUAUUAAUCUUCUUAAAUAAAAAGAAAUUAACAACAUUUAUUUCACCAUAGCAGUUCAGGUUAAAUUCAACUUAAAUAGUGGUUCAACAGUAGGGGUCC